AUGGCAGCUGUUACCAACAACAGGUUGAUCAAGAGCCCAGUGGGCUGGUAUUCGAACCCUAAGUUUCUGCGUAUUUUUCGUGUGGUGCAGCUUUUACCGUUGCUUACACUCCUUGGGCUUCUAGGAUAUGUGUCUUACGACGGAGAGUAUUAUGCAACAUAUGGCCUAAUCGCAAGCAGCAUUGCGACACUCUAUUUGAUUUUAAUUAUCAUUGUUCCAGUCCCCGCCAAUAUCAUUGCCCUCAUCGUAUGUGCUUUUGAGGUAAUUAUGGCCUCCAUCAUGCUCGCGGCAUUUGUUGAGUUGGGUGUUGACAACGGCUACGACUUUUACUUCUCAUAUUAUUGGUAUGAAACGUCGUUGGCAGCCGUUCAGGCAUCGCUUGGAUUGGCAGGACUAACCUUUAUUUUGUUCACCUGUUCGUCGAUUUUGUUUGGAGUAAACGUGGUGACGCCAAUCAGGCGCGCUUUUGGUGUUCGUUUGGAGGGUACCGAUGCUACCGCGCAGUUGCAAAGAGGCUCUAAUCUUGCCAUCAGCCAUGUCGCAACUACUCAAAAUGACAUCGAGGCUCUCGCGCCCGAAACUCUUGUGGCGGUACCAGAGUGUACAUCUCAUGCGGCUGUUGAACCUGUAGCUGUUGAACCUGUAGCUGUCAACCCUACAACUGUCGAAACUGCAACUGUUGUACCUGCCUUGCCAAGAAAAAGCGCAUAA